AUGCUUGAAGUGGCUUGUUGGAGACAAGUGGCAGAGAAUAAGGACAGAAAAUCUCCUAAAGCUGAAGAUAGCAUAUGCAUGUUCUGUUUGCCCAAAACGAAAGCCAAAGGAAAGAGGAAGAGGCUUGCGAAGGUGUUUCCUUUGUCUCAACCUGAAUAUUUUGAUGGUCCUGUUGAGGAGCCUGAGAACAUUGUAGAUGAGAUGGAGGAGUUGCUUAGCAAGCUGCAUGAUGACAUUGAUGGAAAGUUAAAGGAGAUUAUUGUUGGGGUGGAUGAAGUAAAUGAUGGAUUGAAUGAUCCAAGUGUUAUUGUGGAACAAAGCAAUGCUGGAUUGAAUGAUGCAAAUAUAGGGGUGGAAGCAACAAAUAUUAAAGUGGAGCUUGUUGAAGUGGAGAUAAAUACUGAUGGUCAGGUGCACGAUGAAUUCAAUUCUGAUGACAGUGGGGAUGAUAGUUACCAGUAUGAUAGUCCAUAUAUCCAUGCCAUGUCAACCAUGAAGACUCAAGGCAAUGCAAGUCAAGCCAAUGCUACACAAGGCACUGCAUCUCAAACCACUGCAAGUCAGGUUGCAACAACACAAGCAUCAGUUGCACAGGAUUACAUGAAUGUAACUCAGUCUUCACAAGGAAAGUCAGUACCAUGGCAAGGCACAAAGGAGAAAGCUAGUGAAACUGGAAAACUACUAAAACUAGGUGUGAGAAGGCCCUUUGUAUCCCCUAGAGCAACAACAAGACUCUCAGCAGCCAGGAAUGCAGUUGGUCCUACCACCAUACGAUCUACUCCAACCAAGAGAAGCACAUCAAAGAGGACCAUCUAG